AUGGCUAUUGAGGCCGUCAAGUUACUGGCUGCCACCGAGAAAAAGCCCGAAGACCCCGUCAAGUGGGACGACAACGACAGAGACGCCUCCUGGUCGCUUGAUCCGGCCUACACCCUUCGCGAAACGUGUCCCGAUGGCACCAACAACUCCACUCUCCCUCUGAACGACACCCUCGACCGAUCUUAA